CGCCGGCUCGCCGCAAAGCUAACAACCACUCCAAAUCCAGCCCAACGAAGCAAUCGCCUCGCAACAAUUCAUCUUCCCCGCUUCCGUUCCGUUCCGUUCCAGUCCAGACAUCCAGGUCGUACGCCAGCGCGUCCAGCCGGGUGGAUCUCCGAGCUAGCGGCAUUGCUGGGAGUAGAUGCGAGACGCCGUCCUGCUCCGGUGCGACGCCACCAUGGGCGGCCACGCCGCCGGUCCCACCUCUUACGGCAGCAGCGGCAGGAGGAGUUUUCCGGCUCCGGCGGCGACCGCCAAGCAACGACGCGCGCCGGCGCCGGCGGGGAACGGCGGGAAGAGCGACGGAGGAGGGUACUUCGGCGCGGAGGCGGCGGUGGUGCUGGCGCUGAUGACGGCGGCGCUGCUGGUGCUGCCGCUUCUACUGCCCCCGCUGCCGCCGCCGCCGCCGCUGUUCCUGUUCGUACCCGUCGCCAUCCUGGCCGUGCUGCUCCUGCUCGUGCUCCUGCCCUCCGACGCCAGGGGCCUCCGCGUCGCGCCAUCCUACUUGUAGCUAGCUAGCAUAGCAUUUAAAUCAAAUCCUGCGCUCGCUCUCUCGCUCGCCAUCGUCGUCCUCGCCGCUACCUUGUACAUGUAAUUAGCUAUCGCGGGGUCCGUUUCUUUUCUUGGAGACUACUAGUUGAUGGAGAGGAUUUUGCUCGGACUAAUUAAUUGCUUGCUGCAAAAAAAGUGUCUCCGGAGUUGCAGUAGUAUCUCUGAAUUUUAA